AUGAACCUACAGAAGCCAGCUGCGAAAACACGCAAGCUCACGGACAAGAACCUCCCAAAUGCGCUCCUCCAGUCAACUCGAGUUCUCAGCAGACUCGCAAAUACUUCUCGUACAUUACGAAUAUUUCUGAGCCAUACAGUUUCUGGACAGACGUGGCAGCAGGGCGCGGAUGGUCUGGGUGCUGUGGGUACCACGGAAGGCGAGGCCGGCAAGUUGCCAAAUCAACGAGCAAAAGAGCGGCCACCACCAUGGAAGUUCUUGACGCUCAUAAAGCAGAUGGUGGUAGAGCUUGAGCCAUCACAACCCCAGCUGGACAGGUUCACAGUACGGCGGAAAGGGGAUACCCCAGUCAAAAUACGGUUCAUCAUCCACCUUGAACAACAAUCAGAGCAAUUCAAGGUUCACCUGGAGCUUGGAAGCUUUUUGGCACUUAGGGAGGAGAGCCGAGUGGGCGUGGUCCAGGCUCUGUGGAAUUAUCGCACAGCCGCCGGUCUAUCUGUCACCCUUCACGAUCCCUCGAGUAUCGUUACUCUGGUUUAUAUAAGAGUGGGAUAUGAGUGGUGCUGUGGUGAAGAGGAGUGA